GGCGUGCGCGGCGGCGGAAGGGUGCGUCACGUGAUCUCGGCGGCUCCGCGAUCCCCCGGAAGGACGGGGAGGGGGAGGGGGCGUGGCCAGACGGGGGUGGGCGGGACCGCCCCCGCGUGUGGGCGGGGCCUCUAGAUGUGGGCGUGGCCUCCAGGGACCGUCCCCACUGAUUGUCACCUCCUUGUCACCCAGCAGUGGGUCCCCAUCCCGGUGUUGGGUGGCCCUUUGGGUUUGUCACCAUCCCCUCACGUCCUCAGCAUCACCAUGGAUCUGCUCACCGCCGUGGGCUGUGCCGUUGCUGUGCUCCUGGUGACAACAGCGGUGGCACUGCUCGGCGCUGCCCAUCACUUGGGGCUCCUCUACCAGCUCUUCCACAAGGUGGAACCCAAAAGCCCCCGUCACGGUGGUGAGUUGGUGGCCGACGUGCUGAAGGCUCACGGCGUCCGCUUCGUCUUCACUUUGGCCGGGGGUCACAUCUCCCCCAUCCUGGUGGCCGCCGAGAAGGUGGGCAUCCGCGUGGUGGACACACGGCACGAGGCCACCGCCGUCUUCGCCGCCGAUGCCGUCUCCAGGCUCUCAGGUCGCAUCGGUGUGGCUGUCGUCACCGCCGGCCCCGGUGUCACCAACGCGGUGACGGCCAUCAAGAACGCUCAGAUGGCCGAAUCCCCACUGCUGCUCAUCGGCGGGGCGGCCGCCUCGUUGCAGAAGGGACGUGGAGCGCUGCAGGACAUCGACCAGCUGUCCCUCUUUAGGACGCUGUGCAAGGCGUGCGUCUCCGUGCGCACCGUGCGGCAGAUCGUCCCCACGCUGCGCCACGCCAUCGCCACCGCGCAGUCCGGGACCCCCGGUCCCGUCUUCGUGGAGCUCCCCAUCGAUGUCCUCUACCCCUUCCACGUGGUGGAAAAGGAGGUGGGCGGCCCCAAAAGCACCCGGGGGCUGCGGGGGAAGCUGAUACAGUGGUACCUCAAGAACUACGUCCGUAACCUAUUUGUGGGUGCCUGGGAACCCCGGGAUGUCACCCCAUUACCCGUGAAGGUGCCGUUGGCCACCGAGGAUGAGAUGCAGCGGUGCGCCGAGCUGCUGAGCCGUGCCACGAAGCCAUUGGUGCUGGUGGGAAGUCAGGCCAUGCUGCCACCCACGCCGGCCGAGGAGCUGCGGGACGCAUUGGAAGCCCUGGGCAUCCCAUGCUACCUCGGUGGGGCAGCACGGGGGCUUCUGCCCCCCGACAGCCCCCUCCUCCUGCGCCACAACCGCCGCGAUGCCCUCCGCGAUGCCGACCUGGUGCUGCUGGCAGGCUCCGUCUGUGAUUUCCGCCUCUCCUACGGGCGGCUCUUUGGACGUGGGGCCGUCAUCGUCGCCGUCAACCGGGACAGAGUGCAGCUGCUGCGCAACGCCGACGUCUUCUGGAGGCCACGGAUCGCUGUGCGAGGCGACGCCGCCUCCUUCGUGGUGGGGUUGGCACAAAGGCUGCGGGGCUUCUCCUGCCCCACACAUUGGCUGCAGCGGCUGCGGGAGGCUGAGCAGAAAAAGGAGAGGGCGAACCGGGAGAAGGCAGCGACCCCAACCGCUCAGCACCUGAACCCCAUGGAUGUGCUGUACCGCAUGGACGCUCUGCUGCCCCCCGACAGCCUCCUGGUGGCCGACGGGGGGGACUUCGUGGGCACCGCCGCCUACAUCGUGCGUCCCCGCCGUCCCCUCUCCUGGCUGGACCCCGGCGCCUUCGGCACGCUGGGAGUCGGCGGUGGGUUCGCUCUGGGUGCCAAACUGUGCCGGCCCGAAGCAGAGGUUUGGGUCAUUUACGGUGACGGCUCACUGGGAUACAGCCUCAUGGAGUUCGACACCUUCGUGCGGCACAAGACUCCCAUCAUCGCAUUGGUGGGCAACGACGCGUGCUGGAGCCAGAUUGCCCGGGAGCAGGUGGCCAUGCUGGGCAGCAACGUGGCGUGCGGCCUCGAGUUCGUGGAUUACCAUGCAGCAGCCGAAGCUCUGGGGGGCAAAGGCUUCGUGCUGGGCCGGCCGGAUAGCAAGCAGUUGGAUGCUGUGCUCCGCACCGCGCAGGAUGAGUGCCGCCGGGGCCGCCCCGUCCUCAUCAACGCCCUCAUCGGCAAAACCGAUUUCCGCGAGGGCUCCAUCUCCGUGUAGGGGACGGCCCCUCUGCCCCCCAACCGCCCCCCCCUCAGUGGGGCACGCAGGACUGUCCCCUGCUCUGUCCUCUGCUCCCCCCAUGGGGCACACGGAGGUGCCGCCGCGCCGUCCCCGAGCGCAGAGCGGUGCCGGUGAUGGUGGCAGCGGCGCUGCAUCGCCACCGUUGGCACAGCGGUGUCCCCGAGCAAUAAAGCAGCACUGUGUGCCCACA